AUGGCUCCAGUCGCUUUGACGCCCACUUCACCACCAGCAACAUCGACGAGCUCAAAGCACUUCUCUUCUGCUUCGGGCCUCAUCCACAUAUCAGGCUCAGACGUUGCUUUUGCACCUUCUUUUGAGCCCUACCAGCGACGUCUCAAGCUCGUCGAGAAUGACCCUAACGAGCCAGAGAUCACUUUCCCUCUCGUUCUCAGACCAACUCGCACGAGCAGCAAAGAUGAGCCACUCGCCAAACAAGAGCUCAUAGAAGCCAUCAAGUCGUUCGCUCCGGCCCCAUCGACAGAGUAUCAACCCUCCAAGCUGCAACACCUGAUGGACGCACACGGUGGAGCAGUCCACUUCAAAGGUCUGCCUAUCCAGGAUGCAAACGACUUCAGCAACUUUAUGCAUGCUCUUGCCGGCCGUGUCAAACCUGGCUGCGAUCCCUCCAAAAAAAGCAAUACCUGGCAAUACCAUGUGGAUAAGGGGCUCAUGGUGAUUCGACGACAAAUGGCGCCCAACGUUGCAACCGCCAACGAAGGCCCGCCGCACCAGUCUAUCGGAUCACACAACGAGUACGGCCUAUCCACGCACUAUCCCUCGGUCAUUGCAUUUUGCUGUCUCUCGGCUCCUACUUCGGGAGGCCAGACACCCAUCGUCAAUAGCAUGGCGCUGUAUGACCGACUCAAGUCAACCGUUCCAGGAUACAUCGAAAAGAUCUCUAGACAGGGUCUGACGUUUGUCAUUCACCAUCCGGUAGCCAAGGUGAAGGAUAGUGUUCAAGGCAACAGCUUAUACAAUUCUGACUCGUUCGGUCCCACACCCGAGGAGAAGGUGAAUCUUGACAGCAUGACCGAGGAACAGAAGAGGAAGUUGGUCGAGGACAACAUUCUUGAGCUUGCUCGAGAGGGCGGUUGGGGCACCGAUCUGAAUGACCAAGUGGAAGACAAGCUAGGCGCAUGGCACGAAAGGGGCUUCUCAUGGACAUGGCUACCUGAUGGUUCAAUCAACGUCUUCCAACGUGUACCCGGUAUUCGUAUCCACCCAACGCUUGGAAAGCCAGCUUACUUCAACAACGUCGGUAACCGAUACGCUUACUCCAAAGAGCACGGCUGCUUGCGGCCACCUCACUACUCGGAAGAGAAGAGAGACUUUUUCCCUCCUCCGUCCUUUCCUCGGUCACUCAGCGAAGAAGGAGAAGAGGAGGAUGAGGCAAUCCCACUCGACUGGUUGCAAGAAGCACAUCGUUGGACCGAAUGCUUGCAAGCGCAUGUCGAAUGGGUGCAGGGUGAUGUUCUCCUGAUUGACAAUCUUGCUGUUCAGCACGCUAGGACUCCUUGGUCUGGACCAAGGAAGCUUGUUGCAAGCUUGUGGGACCAGCGUUCAUAUCUUGACAAGAAUCUUCCCAUCCGUACUUAA